AUGGACACCCGGAACACGGGUCCCGUCACAAAGGACGAUGCCUACGACGUAUCCGACCCAACCGACUGGUUGGGAACGCCUCUGGCAAGCCUGAUGCCUGUCGAACAGUCGCUGCGAUGCCAUGUCUGCAAAGACUUCUUCAACUCCCCAAUGGUUACGUCUUGUUGCCACACCUUCUGCUCCCUCUGCAUACGAAGAGCCCUCGCCAGCGACGGGAAGUGUCCACUGUGUCGCGCUACGGACCAGGAGUCGAGGUUGAGGGGGAAUUGGGCAAUAAGAGAGGCUGUUGAGAGCUUCAGCCGGGGCAGAGAUGCGAUGCUCAGGCUCGCACGAGAACCACAAGCUCCUGCGACUGAUGCGCCAGCACAGACUCCAAAGAGGAAAGCAGGUGACGGUACACAAGACGGUGGCCAUUAUUCGAAAAGGACCAGGAUGUCUACCAGGUCGAGCAGUGCGAGGGCAGCGGAGGCUACAUCGGCCAUUAUGAGAGAAGAGGCGGGAGUACCAGAGGUGGAGGAGGUCGAGGUAGAGGAGUACACGCCUGACGAUGGCCUCGUUGCUUGCCCAAUCUGCUCAUGGAGAAUGAAGCCCGAGAAAGUCGAUAGGCACCUAGAUACCGAUUGUCCUGGAGAGCCACGGCCACAACCAAGCGAGUCAAAGCCAAGGACCCUCGGAUUUCCCAAUAUUCGCCCUGCAACCAACACCUCGACUAAACCGCAAGAGAGGUUGUCGCCACUGAAUUACUCUAUGAUGAAGGAGACUGCUUUGAGAAAGAGGCUUGUAGAGAUGGGACUUUCAAGUUGGGGUUCCAGACAACUACUCGAGAAAAGACACAGGGAAUGGGUUAUGAUAUGGAAUGCCAACUGUGACUCGGCGCGACCAAAAGCUAAGUCGGAACUUCUGCGAGACCUUGACACUUGGGAACGGACGCAAGGUGGCAGCGCUCCUCCCAACUCUCAUUCGGCCAACCUGGGUGCCCAGAUCAAAGACAAGGAAUUCGACGGCCUGGGAUGGGCCUCAAAACACAGCGAUUCAUUCAAGGACCUGAUCGCAAAUGCGCGCAAGUCUCGCCAGAAGGCAGCUGGGACGACCCGGGAGCCAUCCCAUGAAGCUCGGAACCAAUCUCCUGCCGCCAGCAACGUGACCCCCGAACAGCCGGCAGAUGUCAUAACCAAUGGACAGGACCAUGCUGAAGGCUAUCCAAUACGAAACUCUGACACAGUCAUGGAUCCAAGUAUCACAUCCAGCCAGAUAGCAGCAGACCAGUCGCCUCGAGGGUCGGUCGAUGACAGAGUCGCAGGACCUGUAUCAGAGGAUCGACAGUUGCACUCCCAUACGGAAAACAUAUCUAGCUCUGGAAGCGCGACGACGAUAGCGCCGUAA